CCAAAAAAGCUGUGCAGGAAAAAAGGUGGUCCCACUCAAAAACACCGUUUCGAAGCUAAGGCUAGAAAAUCCAAACUAUGUCUAGCAGGCGCAGUGUUUACGCAUUAGUUGAAGAAUUGUGAAAUGUUUUUUCCUCUCUUUCUUGAUCUUGGAAGAUGAUAGAAAACACAAUCAGCCGAGAUAGUCGAAGAAUUUGAUCUCUGGAAGUGGAAUAAAGUUAGGAAAACCCGAACCCAAAAAAUGGAGAGAACAGCUGAGAGUGGGGUGAGGAGGUUGGCGCUGGCAACUAGAGGAAUCCUGCCCCGCUACUCAUCUAUCGUGUCUGAUUAAACUACAAGGAGCCUUCAUAGAGUUAAUUUUCCAGAGCUGGUACCAAGUAGACUGGGGAGAAAAGCAGGUGUGUUUCCGGCUUGCUGUACUGUGCUUUGGUCCUGCCAGGUGAGGCCCUCAGGUGUGCAGCUGCAGCCCGUGCUGUUGUUCCUGGUCCCCUUGGCCGUUGUGGACUCCAGCGUGGCUCUGCUGUGAGUGCGAGCCUCUCAGGUGUCCAGGCGUGGCCCCCGCACUCCAGGGGCUCUGUCCCCCGUGUACCAUCCACUGUAGGCACCCCGCUGUGCACUGCUGAGCCGAGCUGCUGAGGUGUAUGCUGGGGGUGCGAUGAGGCGUGCGUGCGGGCCGCAGGGGGCCGGACAGGGAGCGUGACGUGCCGUCCGGUCGUCAUGGGCUGCAGGCACAGCAAGGUGCUCCCCGAGGCCCCUGGCGACGUGCAGCUGGACCUGGUCAAGAAGGUGGAGCCGCAGACGCACCACACCGACGUCUACAGCAUCUUCACACGCGGCGGCACGGGUACCGCGGGCACCGCUGGCAGGGCUGGCACAAGUGGCGAUGGCUCCACCGAGAAGACCGGUUCCUCCACCCCCCACAGUGGCAAGAGCCUGGCUGCUGCGGGUGCCACAGCGGGCACUGCUGCCACCGCCGCCACGGUGCCCAAAACUGGCCAAUCGCCUCCUCCCGCUGCUCAGGCCGCUGCCGCCGCACCCUCGGACCCCUCUGCCGAGCCUCGGCGGAACAAGGUGGCGCGAUACCGGGCAAAGUUUGACCCGCGGGUCACGGCCAAGUACGAGAUCAAGGCUCUGAUUGGGCGCGGCAGCUUCAGCCGCGUGGUGCGGGUGGAGCACAAGGGGACGCGGCGGCCAUACGCCAUCAAGAUGAUCGAGACGCGCUGCCGAGAGGGGCGAGAGGUGUGCGAGUCCGAGCUCAACGUGCUGCGCCGCGUACGACACACAAACAUCAUCCAACUCAUGGAGGUGUUUGAGACGAGCGAGCGCGUGUACAUGGUGAUGGAGCUGGCGACGGGCGGCGAGCUGUUCGACCGCAUCAUCGCGCGCGGCUCCUUCACGGAGCGCGACGCCACGCACGUGCUGCAGAUGGUGUUGGACGGCGUCAAGUACCUGCACAUGCUGGGCAUCACGCACCGCGACCUGAAGCCCGAGAACCUGCUCUACUACCACCCCGGCGCCGACUCUAAGAUCAUGAUCACAGACUUCGGGCUGGCCAGCACGCGCAAGAAGGGUGACGAGUGCCUGAUGAAGACCACGUGCGGCACGCCCGAGUACAUUGCGCCCGAGAUCCUGGUGCGCAAGCCAUACACCAACGCGGUGGACAUGUGGGCCCUCGGCGUCAUCUCCUACAUCCUGCUCAGCGGCACCAUGCCCUUCGAGGACGAGAACCGCAUGCGGCUCUACAAGCAGAUCCUCAAGGGGAAGUACAGCUACACUGGAGAGCCGUGGCCGAGCGUGUCGAACCUGGCGAAGGACUUCAUCGACCGCGUGCUGACAGUGGACCCCAGCGAGCGCCUGACGGCGGGCCAGGCCCUGAAGCACCCCUGGGUGGUCAGCAUGGCCGCCUCCUCCUCCAUGAAGAACCUGCAGCGCUCCAUCUCCCAGAACCUCCUCAAGAGGGCGUCCUCACGCUGCCACAGCACCAAGUCGGCCCAGUCCACGCGCUCCACCAAGUCCAGCAAGGCCCGCCGAGCGCGCGAGAAGGAGCUGCGAGAGCUCAACCGCCGCUAUCAGCAGCAGUACAACGGCUGAGCCCGGCCACCAGGGGGCUCCAGACACAGGGGCGAGCCAUGGGACAGGACCCUUACGAGGUGCCCACUGGGCUGGGGUGGGGGCCCAAUCGGACGGCCUGGCCUGUGGAGCCUGAAGGACUCGGCAUUGGGGCUGGUGCCUACUGCCUCGCGGCACUUUUACUGUUGCUUACAGUCUCUCUCUUAGACUGCUAAAGCCCUUGUUGAUAUACCCCUGGAACACAGAGCCAAACCAGAGAGAGAGAGAGAGAGAGAGAGAGAGAGAGAGAGAGAGAGAGAGAGAGAGAGAGAGAGAUGGAUAAAGACAGAACAGGGAAGGGAAAACAACCAAACAAUGACUCUCCUCUGUUCGUGUUUGUUCAUUUUUUUCUCCUUUCAUGUGAUCUGUCAUUUCCUCCUAUGUUUGUGUUUUUUUUCUUAUUUAUUUAUUGUUGUGUUAUGUCAUUAUCAUUGUCAUGGUCACAUUCAUGCCUUUAUUCCGAUUGUAUCUGUUGAACAGAAUUGUAGUCAAUGAAGUCUUUAAUUCAGGAAGGGUUAGUACAAAAAUGAAGUCAGCUUUCUCUUUAUUUUAUUCCUUCCUAAUUUGCUGUGAAUCGUUCUUGGGGCAUCGUGUUCUAGACUCCCCAAGGUGGUGGAAGUAUACUGUUCCCUGUUUCUGUAUGUUUAGGGUGUUGUGUCUGGUAGUGCUUGGUGUUGAUUCAUCACAUCGAUUAUAUAGGCCACAUUGAAGGAUGAUUUAUAAUAUCUACCUAUAUCCUCUCUUUAAUCCUGAUCAGAAAAGAACAAUACAUUAGUGGAAUAGACCAUGAUAGUGCAAAACCACUUAUGUAAACCUCAUGAAGUCCUACACGUCUGUGGCAAAGGUUAAAGAAAAAAAAUCAAGCCUCCAAUAUUUCAACUCACUGAUAAUGGGUCUUUGCAACACCCUAAUUAUUUGUAGAUUCAUAGAAACAUGGAAACGUCAGUGAGAGAAUUGUUUGAGAAGUCCAGAAAUUUCAAAUGCUCUUAAUCUUGCCAAACAAAUAAUUGUGCUGUGUUACUUUUAAUGUGUUUUAUGUUCUCAUUAGCUAUGGUGGAAAAUGAAGAACUAUAAUGGCCCUCAUGCUCCUCAACCUUCAAGUGUUGUGCAUUUUUAUCUCCUCACAGAAUGUGGCCCAUACUAAUAGACAUGGUAUUCUUCGAUGCCUUCGUGUAAUGGCCAGAAUACAUGAGGAAUGCUUCCACAAUUUCCAGAAGAAAUGAUUGUCUGUACAUUCCCUCGAGUCAUUCCAAGAUUCAGUGUGUAAAAAAGUGUCCAUGUACAGGCAUAUCAUAUCUCUCUGAUUUUCAUUCUGUUUCAAAGUUUAUUUUGAUAGUCCAUCAACAUUUUCGUAAGGAUGAAAGAUUUGACUUUGUCCAUUUCCAUGUGUCAAGUUUUUAAACAAGAGUGCAAUGUAAUGUGAUGGAAAUAUGUGUUUGGUUUUGCUCAAAUUACAACCAUUGUUAUUUUAAUGACCAUUCAUUCCCUUCAUACCGUAUGUACAUGCAGCUUGGUUGACCACAGCAUACUAGCUCCAGCUAAGCACCAUGCUGAUUCCAGACGUUAACGUGUCUAUUCAGUCAUACAUGAAACAACUGAAAAGUGCCAACUAUCUCAUGGGUCAUGUUCUUGUGGAGUACAGUAACCAUUUUAUAUGUUUUGGGGACACCACUGUCGUUUCGCCUUUUAUACGUAUUUGUUUUUUCAUAUUCUACCAAAUAUUUAAUUCCAGAAAUCGUUAGACGACAGAUUAAUUUUGAUUUCGGAAUUGUAGAGGAAUACUGUGUUGUCAGUGAAAUGUACGAGGCCAUUCAAAAAGAUUUUUUUAAGCAAUACAAAGGUCUGGUGUCCAUAAUGUCCAGGUUAUGUUUGGGUACGCUACCAAAAAGGGAAGAGUAAUAGACUUGGUACUGAGUUCCUCAUAUCAAGGUGUCUGUACUGCAUCGUCAUCUCUGCACGUGUUAGAGGGAAAUACAAGUAAUACAUCUGAAGAAAUCAACUCAACACUGAGGGAAAUAUAAGUACUACAUCUGAAGAAGUCAACUCAACACUGUCUCCUUAUUGGAAAUGUAUUUGUGUUUGUUUCUUAGAUGUGCAUGUCCACCGUUUCUGUUUGUGUAUGUGUCUCAAUGUAAGGAUAUGCAUAGGUGUUUUGUUCAUGUUCAUUUUUGUGUGAUAAAAACAGUGAAUUUGUACAGUUUCUUAUUGUGUACGAUGUUGCUAUUAAAGGGCCUGAAAAGACGUCUGGG